AGGCCUUCUUGUCCACUGCUGGAACAGUGAGAGGGAUACCACACAGGCGCAGUUGGACAGACUUGGGCAGCUCAGAUGUCAGGCCUUCUGUGCUUGCCCAGGGCUCUUUAGGCAGCAGGACAGAAUGUAACUGGCCUCAAGAUGUCUCACACCAUUCCUACUUGCCCUCCCCCUCCCCAGGCUCCCUACCUCUAGGAGGCUGCUCUGCCCUUCCUUCCUCUGUUCUUUGGCCUUCCUUUUCCCUUAGCUACAGAUAUUGUCCUCUUUCUCUAUGCUGACUUAGCAGCUUACUGCCUGGUGUGGAGGGAUUAAUCAGUGACAGGAAGCUGCCUCUUCUAGAGCCGUGAUCAGCUGUGGUUAGGAAAGCCUCUACAAGACCAGCCCUAGGAGUCUGUCCAGCUUCCCGCCUGCUGCCCACCCACCUGCUCCUGCCAUGGGGCACCUUGGGGCCCUCCUCUUCCUGCUGGGGGGCCUGGGGGCUCUCGCUGAUAUCUGUGAAAUACCACAGGUGGAUAGCAAGCUGCAGGAGAGGCUGGGCCAGCGCCUCUUGCCCUGGAUGGACUGGUUCUCCCUGGAGCACCUGAACCCCAGUAUCUAUGUGGGUCUGCGCCUCUCCAACCUGCAGGCUGGGGCCAGGGAGACCUUAUAUCUGUACAUCCUCAAGAUCAAUUACCAGCACAGCCUCCUAGGGCUUACCUUCAGCGAUGACAACAGUGACUCCCAGGACAAGCCCUCCAUUGGCCAGCUGCCCCUGUACCUGCUAGCUCUCAGAGCUAACUGUGAGCUUGUUGAGGGCCGCAAGGGGGACAGCCUGGUCACACAGCUGAAACGGUUCCUGGAGGACGAGAAGAAGGCCAUUGGGCACAACAACAAGGGCCGGCCCCGCACCAGCUACUACCAGUAUGGCCUGGGUAUCCUAGCCCUGUGUGUUCACAAGAAGCGGCUCCAUGACAGUGUGGUGGGAAAGCUCCUGUAUGCUGUGGAACAUGAACAGCAUCUCUACCAGGGUCACCUCUCUGUGGACACACUGGCCAUGGCAGGCUUGGCCUUCACCUGUCUAGAACACUCCAACUUCAACCCCAAUCGGAAACACCGGAUCACCCUGGCCAUCAGGAAAGUACGAGAGAAGAUCCUGAAGGCCCAGACCCCUGAGGGCCACUUUGGGAAUGUCUACAGCACCCCUCUGGCUCUACAGUUACUCAUGAAGUCCUCCAUGCCUGGGGUGGAGCUGGGCAGAGCAUGCCUCAAAGCAAGGGCGGCUCUGUUGGCCAGUCUGCAAGAUGGGGCCUUCCAGAAUGCUCUCGUGAUUUCCCAGCUGCUGCCUGUCCUGAAUGGCAAGAGCUAUGUAGAUCUCAUCUCCCCAGACUGCAAGGCACCAAGAGUCAUGUUGGAACCAGUUGUGGAGACCACUUCACAGACCCAAGAGGUCAUCAGUGUCGUGCUGAAGGUCCCCAGUGUCUCGCCACAAUACAUAAACUCCAUCUCUGUCCCUGCUGGGUCCUCCUUGGAAGAUGUCCUUAAGAAGGCCCAGAAGUUCAGAGGAUUCACAUAUGGAACACAGAACACCUUGUCAGGCCCCUUCCUGACCUCUGUGAUGGGAAAAGAAGCUGGGGAACGUAUUGCUGAAUACACCCCCAGGGAUGGAGAAACCAUCGAGCUGAGGCUGGCUAGCUGGUAGCCUCUGCAGUCACUCACCCUAACAGCCUUGCCCACUCCCUGGGCUUCCACCUUCUCUCCAGACAUCACUGUAACACGUACACACCCAACCCUGCUGCUACCUCAUGUGCACUUGGAUAGUGUCCUCUGGAUCACCCCAGCUACCACUCUUGUGAAGGCCCUAAGCCACCGUCCACCCUGGAUCAGGGAACCAAGCACCUUCCCUGGGAGGGCUGUCUGCUCCAGUCUGGCCCAGCCUGGCCACACAGGCAUCCCUUGAAGGUAUAAAGCAUCUCAGACUCCUCAACACAAGGAGAAGUCACUGGCAACUGGUGCUAAGAGGACUGUCCCCUGCAAGGAAACCUCUGUGGCCCAGGGGCUGCAGCCCUGAUCCCAGCUCUCAACUCCACCUUCAGGGCAGUGGCCUGGCCAUGGCAU